AUGCCAGCAGUCAAGUCUUUCGAAGUUUCGGAACCACUCAAGGCAGCCCUAAAAGGGUUUUCUCUGGCCAACCCUCAAUUGGCUUAUGUAGAACACGAAAACGUGUUUAUUCGUGAAACAGAUGCCAAGAAAAUCAGUCUGAUUGCAGGUGGUGGCUGUGGCCACGAACCUACUCACGCCGGAUAUGUGGGACACGGUAUGCUGGGAGCGGCCGUAUGUGGUGAUAUAUUUGCGAGUCCCUCUACUAAGCAAAUUUUGAACGGGAUCAAAUUGUUGAGCAAACAAUCCAGUGGUGUGCUGUUGGUAGUUAAGAACUACACCGGCGAUGUGCUACAUUUUGGAUUAGCCGCAGAGCGCGCCAGAGCAUUGGGAAUCAACUGCAAAGUAGUUGUCGUCGGAGAUGACGUAGCCGUUGGCAGAGCUAAAGGUGGAUUGGUUGGUCGCAGAGCACUAGCAGGAACCGUUUUGGUCCACAAGAUUGCUGGCGCGUUUGCCGAAUCCUUUUCGGACAAGCAUGGUCUCGAAGGCACUGCCCGUGUGGCCGAGGUGGUCACUGAAAGCUUGGUGACCAUUGGAGCGUCAUUGGAUCACUGCAAAGUGCCCGGACGUAAGUUCGAAACCGAGCUCAACGAAAACAAAAUGGAGCUGGGUAUGGGUAUUCACAACGAGCCCGGUGUCAAGGUUCUCGAACCGGUCCCUAGCACGGACGACCUGAUCCGCAAAGACAUGUUGCCAAAGCUUCUUGACCCACACGACAAGGACAGACAUUUUGUGGAGUUCAACAAGGAUGACAAAGUUGUCUUGUUGAUAAACAACCUCGGUGCUAUCUCGAACUUCGUGAUUUCUGCCAUUGCAGCGAAAACUGCAGAAUUCUUGGAGAAGGACUACGGUAUCAAGCCUGUUCAAACCAUUACGGGCACUUUGAUGACGUCUUUUGACAUGGAAGGCUUUAGCAUCACACUGCUAAACGUUUCGAAGGCCUCCAAGGCUGUGCACAAGGAGUUUCCCGAGGUAAAGUGUAUUUUGGAGCUUUUGAGAGCCCCUACUGAUGCCCCAGGCUGGCCCAACAUUUCCCACGACGACGAAAAGGCACCCAAGAUAGACCAUUCGUUGCUAAAGGAGGAAAUUAAAGUGAAGCCCGCCGGGAAAUUCGAUUUUGACCAUUUUGCCAAGAUGAUGAAAUCCGGUGCGGAUCAACUGAUCAAGAGUGAGCCCCACAUCACUAAACUGGACACCAAGGUUGGUGAUGGUGACUGUGGUUACACCUUGGUCGCCGGUGCGAAGGGCAUCACUGAUAAUUUGGAUGGUCUCGACAGAACAUAUCUAUCGCAAGCUUUGGCCCAAAUCUCGGACCACAUCGAAAGCUCAAUGGGUGGUACUUCGGGAGGCUUGUACUCGAUUAUGAUUUCGGGCUUGUCGCACGGUUUGAUCCAGGUUUGCGACAAACCUGAAGAGCCUGUCAAUCCUGAAAGACUCGGCAAGGCAAUGGAGAUCGCGUUGGACACUUUGUACAAGUACACCAAGGCCAGACCAGGCGCUUCUACACUUGUGGAUGCCCUCGAACCUUUUGUGAAAGAGUUUGCGUCCUCGGGUGAUUUUGCCAAGGCUAUCGAGGCCGCUGAUAAAGGUGCUAAAUCCACAGGUUCAAUUGAAGCCAAAUUUGGCAGAGCCUCGUAUGUGAGUGAUUCAAGUGAGAUUCCUGACCCUGGUGCUAUUGGGUUUGUUGAGUUCUUGCAAGGUGUCAAAAAUGGGUUGUAG